AUGGCUUCAUCACACACAACUGGCAAUAGCUGCCAAACAAUCGACCUCACAGGUUCCUCACCAGAGCCGGAAGACAUGCCCCAGCAACGACCACAACAGCGGCCACAGCCAAGGCCGCCCCAAAGACUAGUUCAAAUGUACCUCAAGCCCGAGCCACGCCCCUACGGUAUGGCAAAUGUCGGGAUGGAAGCUAGGCAUCCGAUGGCUUCCGCGCGAAACCCUGUAGGGCCACAGCAGGCGCGCCCUAUCCACCCUGAGCAUAUCAAACAGAUCAUCGAGACAGCCGACCCGCGCGCUGUGCAAAAGGUGCUGCUCGACCUUUGCCAAAUGUCACCGGCCUUUUCCGGCGCCCUCGUCCGUGGACUUGCGCCUCACUCUGCAUCCGCCCAGAGCCUGAUCAGCCAGCAACGGAUGCAGUCGCAUCAGCCCAAGGUCAAGAUUCAAGAUGAGGAUGAUAGCGACGAACUCUAUGAGGCGGCGAAAAGAAACCUCGUGAAGCCUACAGUUCCGACCCCAAGUCACAACAGCUUGCCUGCACAAUCCCGCGAGAUCAGCGGAAGUCGAGCUACAUCACGGCCUCAUGGUUCUGAGUCCGCGUCACGAGUGAAGCGGGAGCCACGUGAGCGCUCACAGUCAAGUUCAGACGGCGACAUGCACCUUCCUGGAGCCUAUCCACGCUCAACCAUGUUACGCACGCCAGUCCGGAAACCCUCAGGCCAAUCAUCCUCUGUCAACCAAACUCCAAGGCUGUUGGCCAGAGACACGCCACAGUCAGCGAGCAUCAACAAACAGCCUGCGCCUUUGAUAAAGACCUGCACAGUGUGUCACGAACAGAUAGUGGACGUGAAUGCGCCCUGCGUUUCUCAUUCUGGGAAGAGGUACAGGCCACCGGGCGGGUCAAUAAAAUGGGAUUGCUGUCAGGCAGACAUUGACCAUCCCGGUUGCGAGUUCAACGGACAACAUACGACUGGAGAAGAGCUGGAAGAAGACGCGUUGGUACAAAGGAAACGGCCAAGUGCGUCUCCGGUUCCGAGUCGUGCGACACAAAAGAGACCCAGAGCAUUCUAG